AUGCAUGUUUCACUGGCUCCUGUGUUACACUAUGGCUCUGAAGGUUUGCUGAUAUUAGGCGUUGUAUUUGAUUAUAUUCUGCUACAUGUAAGAUUAAUGUUAAGAUCCGCAGCUUCUUCUAAUUCAUGCAAAGUGCUGCUUUGUCUUGUCAUCCUUUACAUUACACCUCUGAGCAGCAACUCCGCCUCGCCAUGCAGUCUGCAACUCACUAAACCAUACGAAGACUAUGAAUAUUUUAAAGAUGGAGAUUUUAUUAUUGGUGGAAUCGUAAGUGUGAGCUCAUAUGCGACCAAUUAUACAUUCACAGAGGAUCCUGGUAUAUUGUGUAUGAGACCUUAUGCUCGGAGUUAUGUCAACUUUCUUAACUUUAUGUAUGGCUUUGAGUCUAUGAAUCAACAAGUAGUUUUAGCAGCAAAUGCCACCUUGGGAUAUCAUUUAUUUGAUUCCUGUACUGACACAAGGAAAGCGGUGAAAAGUGUUCUACAGAUUCUCUCUGGACCUCGGAAGACCGUCCCUAAUUAUUCCUGCACGGACUAUAACAAGGUGGCUGGUUUUAUUGGAGAUCAUCAUUCGGCCACAACUAUCCCCAUAGCUCAGAUACUGGGGGUGUACGGGUAUUCACAGAUCAGUUAUGGAGCGACAGACUAUGUUUUAAGUGAUAGACGUCUUUAUCCAAACUUCUUUCGAAUGCUUCAAAAUUAUCGUGUCCAUUAUAAGGUUAUAAACCAAAUUCUAAAACUCUUCAAGUGGACCUGGGUUGGAAUCUUUAUAACAGAUGAUGACAGUGGGGAGACAGAGCAGCUGGCAUUGAUGGACUAUUUGGCUAUUAAUCAAAUCUGUGCAGCUUUUACAAUUAAAAUAAACAUUAACACACCCUCACAACCAGAUAGAAUUAUAAGAAUUAAAGAAGCAAUUCAAAAGUCAAAUACACAAAUAAUUAUAUUGUGUGGAUCAUUUAGUUAUGCAGUUGUUAACAUUUUACAGAUUGCCACAGAUGUACUAUACGGCAAGACGUUAAUACUCCCUCCUUCCUGGACUGAUAACAGUUUCCUAACAGAUAUUUAUGUUGAUGCAUUGAAUUGCACUCUGAAUGUAGAACUUCCUUCUAUAACUUUUCCACUAUAUGGAAGUUUCUUUGAUAAUAUCAGUCCCUUAAAAUAUCCAAAUGAUAAAAUUCUUGAAGAUUUAUUUUUAACAGAAUUGAGAUGUUUGACACCAAAUGCAUCAAAGAACACAUUUUAUGAAUCUCUUUAUGGAUACCAUUUAUCUAAUUGCACUGGAAGAGGACAAGCACAGAACGCUAAGGGAUUUAUAUAUCGUGGUGUUUCUUCUCGAAUGUAUUAUUCAGUUGGUGCCAUGGCCGUUGCUUUGAUUGCUAUGAACUUAAAUCUUAAAAGUCAGCCUAAUGAAACCAACCACCAUUUCAGACAUCAGCUACAUCACUACAUAAGAAAUAUUUCAAAUGAGUUUAAUAUUAAUCGCACCUUAGUUUUUGAUGACAUUGGAGAAUUUCCCUUAUAUUAUUAUAUUACAAACUUAAAUAGAUUAGCCAGCAACUGGACAUAUAUGCAAUUAGUGGGAAAAUUUAAUGAAUGGGUACCGGAGGAUCAACAGCUUUUUAUCAACUCGAGCUUAAUAACAUGGAGGAGCAAAGAAAAUAAGACUCCAAGGUCUCAAUGCUCAGAUAAUUGUUUACCAGGAUAUAGGAAAGUUCCAAGGACUGGGGCACAAGCUUGCUGUUAUGACUGCACUCAGUGUCCAGAUGGAGAGAUAUCCAACACAACUGAUAGUGAGAACUGCAUGAAAUGUCCAGAAAAUGAAUGGCCCAAUGAGAAGAAGGAUCAAUGUCUUCUAAAAGUGGAGGAAUUCCUGUCCUAUGAAAAUGAUAUAAUUGCUGUUGUCUUCUCAUGUGCCUCAGUUUUAUUUUUCCUUAAAGCAACUUUAAUUUUAGUAAUUUUUAAUUUAUUUAAAGACACAGCAAUUGUAAAAGCCAAUAACAAGAACCUCAGCUUUGUUCUCCUUGUCUCCAUCAUGCUGAGCUUCCUCUGUGUGUUUCUGUUCCUCGGUCGUCCAAUGGAUGUGACCUGCAAGCUGCGUCAAACAUCUUUUGCUGUUAUCUUCUCCAUAGCGAUCUCUUCUGUGUUGGGCAAGACCUUCAUGAUAUACUUUGCUUUUAAAGCCACCAAACCUGGGAGCAACUGGAGAAACUGGGUCAGUGUCAAAAUAUCCAAUUCUGUAGUUUUGAUUUUCUCCUCAUUUCAAAUUUUGAUAAAUACUUUAUGGUUGGCUAUCACUCCCCCAUACCAAGAUCUGGACACACAAUCAUAUCAGGGAAAGAUCAUCAUUCAGUGCAAUGAAGGUUCCGUUAUUGCUUUCUACUCUGUGCUGGGUUAUAUGGGCCUUCUGGCAGCUGUUAGUUUUAUUGUAGCAUUUUUAGCCAGGACAUUACCGGACAGUUUUAAUGAGGCCAAGUACAUCACCUUCAGCAUGCUGGUGUUCUGCAGUGUUUGGAUUGCAAUGAUCCCGGCCUAUCUAAGCACCAAAGGGAAGAACAUGGUGGCUGUUGAGAUUUUUGCCAUCUUGGCAUCAAGUGUUGGACUUUUAGGAUGUAUAUUUUUCCCAAAAUGUUACAUAAUCAUACUUAGACCAGAAAUUAACACAAAAGGACAUUUGCUUGGAAGCAGAACUAAAAAGAUUGCAAUUUAA